ACCAUCGUCAACCAUUCAUAUUACAACUAAAUUUCCCCCAAUCUACGAACGUCUUUUACUCUCUCCCUCUCUCUCUUUCUGUUCGUAGUGAUUACUGUUUUUGACAAUUGAUACCCCUCGAUACCCCUUCCCUCCCUCUCUCUCUCUUGACCAAACAUCCACCAUGGGCGAAUUCCCGGUAAAGAAGUGCGGCGUCCUCGGGUGCACCGGCUCCGUCGGCCAGCGCUUUAUCCUUCUGCUCUCGCAGCACCCGUACCUCAAGCUCGUCGCCGUCGGCGCCUCCUCCCGCUCGGCCGGCAAGAAAUACCGCGACGCCGUGCGGUGGAAGCAGGCCUCACCCAUGGGCGCCGUGGCCGACCUCGUCGUGCGUGAGUGCAAGGCUUCCGAGUUCAGCGACUGCGACGUCGUCUUUAGCGGUCUGGACUCGGACGUUGCUGGCGAAAUUGAGAUGGAAUUCCUCAAAGCCAACCUGGCCGUCUUCUCCAACGCCAAGAACUACCGCCGCGACCCCCUCGUCCCCCUCGUUGUCCCUACCGUCAACUUGCCUCACCUCGACCUUAUCCCCCACCAGCGCAAGCACCACGGUCUCGAGAAGGGCUUUCUCGUCUGCAACUCCAACUGCGCCGUCAUCGGCCUCGUCAUCCCCUUCGCCGCUCUCCAGGCCGCCUUCGGCCCCGUCGACCAGGUUUCUGUCGUCACCAUGCAGGCCGUUUCUGGCGCGGGCUACCCCGGCGUUUCCUCCAUGGACAUGAUCGAUAACGUCGUGCCUUUCAUCUCGGGCGAGGAGGACAAGCUCGAGACCGAGGCCCAGAAGAUCCUCGGCACCAUUACCUCGGACCUCACCGCCUUCGAGGACCAGGCCGAUCUCAAGGUCAGCGCCUCGUGCAACCGCGUCCCCGUCCUCGACGGCCAUACUGCCUGUGUCUCGCUCAGGUUCGCUCGCCGUCCGGCCCCUUCGGCUGAGGACGUCAAGAAGGCCCUGCGCGAGUACGUCUCCGACGCUCAGCGCCUCGGCUGCCCCUCAGCUCCCGAGAGCCCUAUCGUCGUCUUCGACGAGCCCGACCGCCCUCAGCCCCGCCUCGACCGCGACCUCGGUCGCGGCUACAGCGUUAGCGUCGGCCGCGUGCGCGAGGACGAGAGCGGCAUCUUCGACCUCAAGUUCGUCGCCCUCAGCCACAAUACCGUCAUCGGCGCCGCUGGCUCCUCCAUCCUCAAUGCCGAGGCCGCCGUUCUCAAGGGCUUUGUCUAGGCCAGGGAGCAUGUGCGUAGAGUAAAGGUUGAAUUUAUGAAAGGACAUUAAAAACAUAUACAUACAUGCAUAUACUAUCGAGGUGUAAACGGUGCGUGUCUGGUUGGGUUUACGGCAUGGAAAAUGAAAGGGAAAGAGCCGUAUUAAAAAGGCGCACUUUGAAAAUCGGCUAGGUAGAUGAUGAAAAAUGGCUUCAAGCGUAUUUGAUAUUC